CCCCUGCAUCAUAAAUAUCUCUAGCUCUCCACACGCGCGCAGACGAAGCGCGAAGCAACCGAACGAGCCGAGGACGACCACGAUCGAAGGGACCGAUCAUCGCCUGACAGGAGGGCAGCUCGCCGCUAGAGGAGCCGUCGCCGUCGUCGACCGCCGCCGCCGCGCCGUCCAGCAAUGGCCCGGCCGCAGCAGCGGUACCGCGGCGUGCGGCAGCGCCACUGGGGCUCCUGGGUCUCCGAGAUCCGCCACCCUCUCCUGAAGACGCGGAUAUGGCUGGGCACGUUCGAGACGGCCGAGGACGCGGCGCGGGCCUACGACGAAGCGGCGCGGAUCAUGUGCGGGCCGCGCGCGCGCACCAACUUCCCCGCCGACGCAGCCGCAUCCACGUCGUUCCUCUCCGCGGCGCUCGUGGAGAAGCUGCACCGGUUCAACCUGGCGUCUGUGCAGGCCGCGCAGCGGCAGAGGGAGGCAGCGGCGGCGGCCGCCUCCUCCGCCGCGGCCUCGGCCGCAAUGUCGAUCGGCGGCGACGCCUGGGCCGCCUGCGACUCGGGGACGCCGACGGCCGCGGAGUGGGGCGGGAGGUUCCUGGAGGAGCAGCACGUGGAGCAGAUGAUCGAGGAGCUGCUGGACUCCAACUUCUCCAUGGAGAUAUGCUAUUAGUUAGCUCUCUGUUCUUGCACCGAUGAGCUGCUUGCUCUCUGUUCUCCUGUGUCUGCCGCUGCAGAGCUGCUUGCUCUCUGUUCUUGCACCGAUGAGCACUGCAGCUGCGCCCCUGCUUUUGCAUGUGUGCGCGUUGCUCUGCAUCCGUGCAUAGUAGUCUGAUUGUACGAGUUUUCCACCUGGUAGUGUAUAGUACUCGUAAGUAGCACCA